AUGGUCCGUUAUCAGAGACUGGACGGAGGUCGUUCCAGUUCCUCCACCCUCUACAUCGCUCUCACCGUUAUAGUCACACUUUUUCUCCUCUUCUACCUUUACCAAACUCGCUCCAAACUUGGUUGGAACUUCUCCGGUUCGUGUGGCUUUGCAACUCUCAUAAAGAUUAGUUUCUAGGUGAAUAUGAAGAAGAGAAAUCGUUAGGGUACAAGGAGAUUUUAUCAAACUUGCGGGUAGAUCUUCAGGAGAAGUUGUCAGAGAUCGAGCAGCUCCAACUGGAUCUUCUCCAACUCCAACGCAACGAGAAAAUUGAUGUUUUCGAACUUUUUUUUUCAAAUUGGAAGUUGGGUUUUCAGCCAAGUGUUUCUAAAUUCCGAAGACGGCCUGAAAAUUCGAAAGUCGAUUGCAAACGAAUUUUCGAUAACGACAAGGUAAGUGGAUCUUUAUCAAGGUCAAAUUGACGAGAAAAUUUGAGAAUUAUAUACGGGAGGUUGCAAAGAAUCGAAUAAAAAUGAGGCCUUCUGAUAUUCUCGAAAUGAACUGCAAGGCUAUUCGACGGCGUGUUGUUCCUCCAGUUGCCUUGGAUUCCCUUGAUUUUGGCGUCGCUUUCGCUAGAAUCGUUUACAAGGUGUGUUCAAACUGAGUUUCGCGGGAAUAAGAUUGAAUUUUCCUUUCGUUAGAAAUAUUUUUUGAAGCAGAUUAUAGUUAAAAAUACACCAAAGCCGCCAAAAAUUGAAAAUAAUUGUUUACAUUUCCGCUUUUUUGAUGCUCAAGAGAAAAACAAAGCGCAGAGAUUUCAGAUUACUUCAAUUUUCGGGUAAUGCAGUGAUUUUUAUUAUGAAAAAAAUUCAAGUAGAGAGAUAAAACUUUGAUUUUCCUAUACUAUAAAUUUGUAGUUAGAAUCAGAUAGACAAAAAUUAAAAAUUGCACAAAAAAAUGGGAUAUAACGAAUAAAAAUUCUGUUUAAAAAUCCCCAUCAAAGAAUUCUUGAAACUGAUCGAUAACUACAACUUUUUCACGAAAAGCUGGAAGCUAUGGUUUUUGAGAAAAAAAAAAUAGUUUUAUUCAGAGUUUCAAAAAACACAGAAAAUCGGAAUAUUAAGGUAUUUUCCUUUUUCUUUUUUUGAAAACGCAAAAAUUCUUCCGAUUUUCGUAGCUUCUUAGAAACGAAGCAUUUUUCGAAAUGUACGAAAAAUGCUGAAAAAAAAAUUUUGUGUCUCGAGCAACCGAAAACAGCUUAGAGGAUUUGGAAAAAUUCGUUACUCGGUUUUAUGGCGAGAAAGUGCUCGGGCAAAGUCGGAAUGGUGGAAAUUAGCCGCUAAAAGGGAGAGGCUCAAAAAAGGCUCCAAAAAAGGCAGCAAAAAUAGCCCCUUUAUCGAGACCUCCAUGGAAUUCAAAAGACUCAAGAAAUGUUGGAAAAUGGGAGAGGCAGCAAUGGUGCAUAAAAGCCGAUGAAAUGGCGCAAAAAAGGCAGAAAAAGGAACUUUUGUCACCCUUAAAGGAACAUUUCUCUGGAUCAUUUUUUCCAUCUUUUCGACUUUACAUAUAUGUAUGAAACUUUUUUCAAAAAAAGAAUUUUCUUUUAAUUUAAGGACUACGAACUGAUUGAAGACCAAGUCCGCGCCUCAUACCAUCCGCAGAACGUUUUUUGCUUCGCCAUCGACAAAAAGGCCGACCCGAAAUUCCACAAGAAUAUGAUCAGCCUGGCCUCGUGUCUACCCAAUAUUCUCUUGUUACCUGGUUUUCGAAAGAUUUUUUGAUUUUUCGCAUUUUUUUUUCAGAUGAAGAAACUGUAGACAGCGGCGGGCACAACGUGAACCUCGCUCAUUAUAAUUGCAUGAAAGCUUUGAUUAAUAAGCCAGGAUGGGGAUAUCUCAUUCUGUUGCAGGUUUGGUUUUUAUUUCCUUGGAUAAAACUAAGGGGAUUUAUAAAUUUAUGGUUUAAAUUAUUUUUUGCCUUUUGAAGGCUCCAAGUGUUCUGAAUCCACUAUAAAGAUAUAUUUCUCUAAAUUUCUACGGUUUCCGCUUUUUCAAGAAAUAUAAGGGCUCGAACUUCUUGCGAAAAAUUUAUUCAAAAUGAUAGUUUUUAAUUGAAUUCCUUUGAGCGCAUUGAGAGAAUCAAGAAGGCCAAGAAAGUUUCAUAUAGUGCUCGGGGCCUCUUGCGAUGACCCCCCGAGACUAUGCAGUGAAUGAGAUUGAAAAAAAGUUCGUUUAAAAAAAGCAAAUAAACAAUAUAAUAAAAAGUAUUAAAUCAAAAGGAUGAUGUCGGGGGCCGCUGCCGGGUCCCCGGCUUGUCCUGCCGUCGUCGUGGCGGGCUUUUAUAGUUGUCGACGGCAGCCCUGAAAGCUUGUAAGUUAUAAUUGGCUUUCGAUAGAGCGUGGGCUCGGGUGAAGGAUUGUGUGAUCUUGGAGGGCGUCGGGGUCGACGCCUCUGCGGCUCUUAGCGUCGCGAUCGGCUGAUCGUCGCGACGGUAAAAGCUGAUGUUACCGGCGCGCUUCGGAAUGUUUUCUUAAAAGCCUUUGGGCCGUCUGGAGGACUUUGUCCAGUGUUUCAAUGGAGCGGAAAUAUCUCUAAUAAGCUAUGGGCUAAUACAAUAUCUUACAGUGUGUAAUUCUUGUGUCAAAAGUUUUCGAGAUAACUUAUAAUUUCUUCAAAAAGUUAUGCAUCAUUUAAAAAAGCGUGUUUCAAGGAAGUGAUGAGAAAGAAAAUCGGAAAAAUCACCAAUCUAUUCAAGUGAAGUUUUUUUUCAAAUUUUUUCUCUUUUUUUUGUGAGGAAUUAUGUGGUCUGUAUUUUAUAUCCUGUGUGAUAUUUUUAAGAGAACUGUAAAAAAAAACCUAUUUUUAAUAAAUUAUAAACUCUUCAUUCCCAAUUCGAACCCUUCAGAACCACGAUUUUAUCAUCAAAAGCGUCUAUGAGCUCGUGAAAAUCUACGGGUUGCUCGGCGGAGCCAACGACGUGGAGCUGACGCCAGCCGGCGGCGACCGAGUCGACAAAAAGUUUAAAUGGGAUCCCAAGUCGUUGAAGCUAUUUCGCAACGGUAUUUGAAGGAAUAACUGUUGAAGAUUUUGAAAAAAUUUUUUUUAGAAGCAGGACGGAGCCAGGCGCAACUUGAAACGAGCAUGAGCUUCGCCAAAGGAGCUGCACAAGCUUCGUUAUCUCGCCAGGCUGUCGACUGGAUGGUCCGGACUGCUGACCUCACCCUUUUCAUCAAGCAAAUGAACGCCGGGGUAUAAUUUAAUUUUUGCUUGUGCCUGGAACACCAUGUAUCCGUAGUUUUUUUCAGUAAAUGAAAUGAAUCUAUCAAGCCUCAUUUUUUUGAUUCGGGUCAAACUUUAUUUGGAUUACAGUCCUUCGGAGUCGACGAGCAGUUUGUGGAAAGUUUCCAAGUUUCGAAAGAACUCGGAAUGCCUGGCCAUUUCACGGACGAAUGUUUGAAACAAGGCAAAAAUACCGACUUUAUUUCGAGGUAUUAAUUUUAAAGUUGUGGUGAAUUCCAAAAAGCCUUACAUAAGAAGUCAGAGACAAAAAUGUCAAAAAACAUAUAAAAGUUAAGAAAAGUUUUAGAAAAGCAUAAAAAUUAAACAUUUUCUACUCUAAAAAGGCUGAAGGCGAUAAGUUAUUGAUGAAAAUUUAAUAUUGCAAUUUAUAUAUCACGUUAACUGAAAAGAAGCAAAAAAUGAUUAAUAGUUCUAGAUUUUGGACAUCAUUUACGCAUGAUAAUCGACAAUUUAAUAUUGAAGGAAUGUUCAAAAAAAUUGGGAUCUUGGUUAAUUUUUUCGAUAAAUAUUGUGUCAGAUCUUACUUUGCAAAAACUUGAUAGAAUUUCGAUUGUGGUGUACACAAAUACAUUUCGAUAAUAGAUCACGUGAAAGAUAAAACCACUAUAUAAAGGUAUGUUCUCACAGACCUUGCCAUGACUUCUGAUUUCUUCUUUUCUACAUCUCUCAUUAAUAAAAGGAUGGGAAAGACUGUUUCCUUUACGAUCACGCACUUAAAAUGAGAUGUAGAAAAGAAGAAAUCAGGAGCCAUGGUCUUGAGUGGGCGACACGGGAUCCUCAUAUUCGUCGCUGUCGGUGUACUGCGGGCCCGUGGCGAGGGAAUUUUAUUAUCUAUCCUUUUUCGUUAUAGUUUAAAAAAAUCAAAAAAGUCGGUCGAUUAUAAUUAAUUUUUCAUUUUUGACUGAAGUUCGAAACCCGUUGGAAAUCCUAUCAGUACUGUCAUUUUUGAGGAUGUCGCGUUGGGUGUAUUCCAACGCGAACGAAUGUGCGACAAAGACUGUCCGACACGCGAUUUGUCUUCUCGGCGUCGAGGAUUUACCUACGAUCGCCGGCCUUCCCAAUGUUAUGAUUAAUAAGGUUUUCGAAUUAUUUCAGGCUCUAUAAAUUUUGUUUGACUGUUGGUAUGAGGGUAUGGCUGACUUUUUUUGUUGUAGGACAAGACCUUUCCAAGAUUUUUGGAUAAAAAUUGUUCUCUAAAUAUUGAAAAAUCAUUUUCCUCUUCACUUCUUCAUCGUAUUUGCUCAAAAAUAGUAAGUUUUCGGCUUUAAUUGACGGGUUCCUGGGACUUUUCUUGUUUUUUCUUCUCGUGACCUUCUCGGCUUCUAAAAAUUUCCUGAAAAUCCAUGAAAAUCAAGCAAAAAUGGACGGGGGUUUUUUUUUAGUUUUGUAUUAUUUUGGUCUUUGCCAUUUUUUACAAUCAUUGAAUCAUAUAACUGAUUUUGGAAAAAAAGAAUUGAAAAUUCAGAUGAUGCCGGACUUCGACUACGCGGCUGUCGAUUGUCUCAACGAACUUUUAUAUAAUCGGACGGUUUUCAAGCAAAAUGAUCAUCCUCUUGAAACGUCUUAUUAUGAGAACAUGGUCAAUGUAAGGAUGAAAAUGACGCGAAAAAAAAGAUGAAUUUGUCGAUUUCAGGUCCUUUAUCACAAAAACCGGGAUAACCCAGAGUAUAAGCUCAACUGCACACCGAGUUAUCAUAAAUGGAGCAUGAGAAAAUAUCCAAUUUGA